AUGGCGAUUAAGUGGCUGCGCUUUUCCUUCCUCUUCGUAGGAAUCUUGUCGCUGUGCCUCGCCGCGUCGGGGGAAAGCAGCGGCGUGAAGAAGAUGAAAAUGCAGUUCGCCGCGGGGCCCUUGCUCAAGUUCCAGAUUUGCAUCUCCUGAGGAUACAAGCGGGUGUUUGAGGAGUACACGCAGGCCUUGUACCAGCGGUACCCGGACAUCCGCAUCGAGGGGGAGAACUACCUUCCCAUUCCCGUCUAUCGGCACAUCGCUUCCUUCCUGUCUGUCUUCAAACUGCUGGUGAUCGGGAUGAUCAUUAUUGGCAAAGAUCCAUUUGCUCUCUUUGGCAUACAAGCCCCGGGGGUCUGGGAGUGGGGACAGGGAAAUAAGAUAUAUGCGUGCAUGAUGGUGUUCUUCCUCAGCAACAUGAUUGAAAACCAAUUGAUGUCCACGGGAGCGUUUGAAAUAACAUUAAAUGAUGUACCAGUGUGGUCCAAACUGGCGUCGGGUCACCUGCCCUCCAUGCAGCAACUAGUGCAGAUCCUGGACAAUGAAAUGAAGAUGAACGUUCACAUGAACACAAGGCCGCUCCACCACCCUUAA